UGAGGCACAUUUAACUGUGAAGUUUGCAGCCGGAGAGGCUUUCCUUCAAGCUGUUAGUGUUUUAUCCUGGCAGGCUCCUCGAGAUUGUUGUGAGGAGUCUAGCCAGUUGGUGAGCUUUGUAAUCUAAACCAGCUGUCCCCAGGCUGAGGCCCCCAUUUGCAUUGUUUAACAUACUUAGAAAAUGAAGUGUUCAUUUUUAACAUUCCUCCUCCAAUUGGUUUAAUGCUGAAUUACAGAAGAGAACUAAGCAAAACCAGGUGCUUUCUCUGUAUUCUCUCCAGUGUCUGAGGAGGUACAGACUCCCGAUCUUCUCCAUUACUUGCUAUUUCAUUCUUUGGACUAUAAAUGACGGAGGAACUGAAGUGCUAGCGGAGGGUAAUGUUUGGAAACACUUUCUAGUUAUUCGUCAGUGCAGACUCUGUUUUUUUUCCACCUUUCCUCAACGGUUUUGGACAUGCAAGGAUUAAAAAGGAUACUGACUGCUUUCACACUGGCCGUCUGCCUUACGAGCCCUGGAAAAGCACAGCAGCAAUGCACUAAUGGGUUUGACCUGGAUCGUGCCUCUGGGCAAUGUUUAGAUAUUGACGAGUGUCGGACUAUUCCCGAGGCCUGUAGAGGAGAUAUGGUGUGUGUCAACCAGAAUGGUGGCUAUUUAUGUGUACCCCGAACAAACCCAGUGUAUCGCUCACCAUAUCUGAAUCCUUAUUCAAAUAUUUAUCCACCGCCCCCAGCACCAGGCGCAGUUCCUAACUACCCUACUGUUACAAGACCUCUGAUUUGUCGAUUUGGUUACCAGUUGGAUGAAAACAAUCAGUGUGCUGAUAUUGAUGAAUGUGCUUCAGACUCCCACCAGUGUAACCCCACCCAGAUCUGCAUAAAUACUGAAGGGGGAUAUACCUGCUCCUGCACUGAAGGCUACUGGCUCUUAGAAGGCCAGUGUUUAGACAUAGAUGAAUGUCGCUAUGGCUACUGCCAGCAGCUGUGUGCUAAUGUACCUGGUUCCUAUUCCUGUACAUGCAAUCCAGGCUUUACCCUCAAUGAUGAUGGAAGAUCAUGCCAAGAUGUGAAUGAAUGUACAGGCGAAAACCCUUGCACUCAAACCUGCGUCAAUACUUAUGGCUCUUUUCUCUGCCGCUGUGAACCUGGCUAUGAACUGGAAGCUGAUGGAGUUAACUGCAGUGACAUGGACGAAUGCAGCUUCUCCGAGUUCCUUUGCCAGCAUGAAUGUGUGAAUGAGCCUGGUUCUUACUACUGUAUCUGUCCUUCGGGCUAUAUUCUGCUGGAUGACAGCAGAAGCUGCCAAGAUAUCAAUGAAUGUGAAAAUAGAAACUUCACCUGCACUUCUCAGCAAACGUGUUUCAAUAUCCAAGGAGGAUAUAAAUGUUUAGACCCAGUCAGAUGCGAGGAUCCUUAUAUCCAGAUUAAUGAGAAUCGCUGCAUGUGCCCAGCUGAAAACCCUGGUUGCAGAGAUCAGCCAUUUACCAUCUUGUACCGAGUCAUGGAGAUGGUGUCCGGGCGGUCUGUGCCUUCUGACAUCUUUCAGAUGCAAGCAACAACUCGCUACCCUGGAGCCUACUACAUCUUCCAAAUCAAAUCAGGGAACGAGGGCAGGGAAUUCUACAUGCGGCAAACGGGACCAAUCAGUGCUACUCUGGUGAUGACCCGUCCCGUGAAAGGGCCUCGUACUAUUCAGUUGGACUUGGAAAUGAUCACUGUUAACACCGUCAUCAACUUCAGAGGAAGCUCUGUCAUCCGGCUGAGGAUAUAUGUAUCACAGUACUCGUUCUAAACCUUGAGUUUGUACCCGUUAAACAUGGAAACAGAAAGACCUAAUUCCUCCUCUGCAGAACUCUGUCAGUACAUAUAGCAGCUCAAAACCAAAUCAGUAUUACCACAGACCCAGUGACCUAAGCCAGUCUGAGGAGGGAGGCCUCUUCGUGCACAGUCUCUACCAGGAUGCAGACAUCCGAAGAUGUAUUGUCAGCAGAUCUCAUAUGAUUCUCUGUGUGGUUAUAUAUUUUAAGAACUCCUUUUUUUUCCAUUGUAAACAUUUCUAGAGUAUGAGUCUGUGUUUGGAAGACUGUGAACCUUUGUAGUUCCAAGGCUGCUUAGCAAAAAGCACCAAAGAAACUGAGGAAAAAGCUGGCUUUUGCAAUCUUGCUUUUUUUUCCAUUUUAAAAAGAAAGUAGACAAACAAGCAGAAACCAAAACAAAAAGCCAUCUCUUGAAACAAGGGAUCUCAGAAGUGCACUUACAUUCCCAAUUAUCUCUGGAAUUAUCAGCCAGGCACUUUGUCUCAAUUCGCCCUGCAUUUGUCUUAGUUUCAUCUGUUUUCCUUUCAUUCUAUUUUAUAGUUAAAUUUAUUGUAAAUUCAUUCCAAAAUACAUGUUGUACUAUGUAAUCUUCUACUUUCUAACAAAGUGUCACAUGUUUGGGUUCCUUACUGUAUUAAAUCUUUCUAUAUAAUAGAGAUCAUAGAAUCUAUCGCUGGAUGGUAUAUUUUACAAUGUUUAGGGUGUUAUGCUUAUUUACACCCAGGCUCUUUGACACAGGCCUCCACUGCCAGAAUAAUGUCCAGGGGCUUUAGAGUAGAAGAGAAUCAGAUCUUUAUUUUUCACUGCUUUUCCUACUGUAAUAGUUGAAAGCAGUUUGUGAUGGUUAUAAGGUAGCAGUACUAACUCUGUAGUUAUGGCGGCAACUAAUCUCCCAUCAAAAGACCAUUCAGAUCAGACCAGUCCAUAUUCUUUCAGAAAAAAAAAAACCUCCAUUUACAUAUAGUGUCUCUCAUACAUUCCUAACACUGGAGGAAAAAAAGGCUGAAAGAGACUUGGAAUAGUCAUAUAGCACAUGCCUCUGCCACAAAGCAGAACCAACUAUGCCAGUACCCAGACCUCAAAUGAUGGAGUAACCAUUGUUUCCAUAGGCAGUGUCUUCUCAGGUAUAACUGCUCUAACUGGUAGAAAGUUUUUCCUAAAGUGUAACCUGAAUCUCCUCUGUUGUAAUUUAAGUCUGUUGCUUUUUAGCCUACUCCUAGUAGAAAUAGAGAACAGUUUAUUAUGUUCUCCCUUGAAACAGUCUUUAACAUGUCUCAAGACUGUUGUCAUGUCUCCUCUCAGACGGUUCCUCUCUAGUCUAAACAAACCCAGUUCUUUUGGUCUUUCCUCAUACAUCACAUUUUCUGGACCUUUAAUCUUUUUUUUUUUUUUUUUUUUUUUUUUUUUCUCUCAUCUGGAUUCUAUCCAGUUGGUUCACAUCUUUCUUGAAGUGCAGUGCCCAAAACUGGGAAAAGUAUUCCAGCUGAGGCUUCAUAGUGCUAAGCUGAAUAUACAUAUAUACACACACACACACACACACAUAUAUGUAUUUUAGGAGUUUGAAAAAAAUACAUACAAAUAAUUGUGUUGUUUGGAGGUGUAUUCCUCACCUUGUUGAAGGCACUGGCAGUUUGGUCUUUGAUUUCAGUAGGGUCAGCAUUUCAUAUACCUUGCUUUUAAAUGUCCCCGAUGCUGGCUCUUUUGCUAUUCCUUCCCACUUUUUCCUUAUUGGCUUAUUUGCUCUACACCAGGGCUAGGACUAGAAAGAUUCACCUUUGCUGGCCUUUCUGGGGACUGAUAGAAUUUAACAUUGCGUGGGAAAGGGAAUUUAUAAAGAUUAUAAUGCACAGAGGCUGGAAAAGAGUAGAAGCAUUACGUCAGCUCUUCAUUAAAGUGGGAGUUUUAAAUCGAAGAUUACAGAUGCAAAAUAUUCUCACGAAACAGACUGCAUGACAUGAUCAGAAAAUUGACUCUCUUGCUCCUAAUAAGCUUUGUGAGUUAGUCUGGGGUUGUUUUCUCCCAGCUUUAGUAGCAACACUGCUCUUUUUACUUGUACUCAGCCUGAAGGAAGCCCUGAUACUUCGGCCCACGGCAACAAAAUGCUCUCUACUGAUUCAAAUGUGCUUUAGCAGUUUCCAUUUCGUAAUUUUUCACAGUUUUCUGCCUGCUGCUGCAAAGUGCUGAGGUUCAGAGCUCUGUACGCCAGCUGCCCUCUACACAAACAGAAAGGCUUGCGCCUGACUCCAGGCUUCAAUGGACAAGCAGGGUGCAGGAAGCUAAAGAGUUUUGUGCGUAGCUCACUUGGAGGGCAUAAAGGUAGAGAAAAUGUGCAGAAAAAUAUCAGAAACAAGAACAUGUUUCAUGAGUGGAUCAUCACACACCACAGUCUUGGAGGGGAAAAUGGAGAUGACCAGAAAGGAGGAAUGAUUGUUAAAACAGUUGUGCCAAAACUGCUCAUGGGUACCAAAUGGUGGCAGGGAGAUGGGAGACAAGGAGGCUCUGGUGGAGCAGAAAGAAGACAAGGCGGGGCGGAGUCUUACUUUAAAGGCAUUGAACUCUUUAACAAGCUAAGUUUUCCCAGUGGUUAGAAGCCCUUCUUUGCUCCCUUUUGUGCCCCUCUGCUAUCACUUCUUCAUGCCCAGUGGAGGAGUCUCCUCUCUUCCUCCCAUCGCAUCACCUCCUAGAGAAGAAGAGCACUGUCAGACAUCAGACAGUUUCUCAGUUCUGGGCUGUUCUCCCAUGGCCCCCACAUACCAACCUGAUUUAACCCUAAUUUAGAAACAUCAAAAACCAGAGGAAUUCCAUAACAAAACACUUUGUUAAAAGAGUAAAGCUUGAAUGCCUGAUUUCAGUAUGAUCCAGCAAAUACUCAUAAAACAAUAUUACACUUUCUAUAUAAACAUUCUGCGCCUUAAAAAAAAAGUGAAAAGUCUGGAAACAAAGGAAUUCAGCCACUUCCCAACCGCCAUAACAUCUUUCAUCACUCACUAUCACUCCAGCCAACUUUAACUUUGCCAAAAUAUAUGCCAAUCUCAAAAUAAUAAAUUACCAGCAGUUUAUAAUAUCUAAACUCUCCAUUUCCUAUUCAGGGAUCUGUUUCCAACAGAACAUUGCAGGCUCAUAUAUUACAGCAGUUCUCACCAAAUAAAAGAAAGGACUAUGCAUGUCAGGUCUUUACAUGAUAAAAUUUAAAAAUGCAAACUUGCAACUGCUGUAUACAUUUAAUAGCACGUUCUCCUUUGAGGCCAGCCCUCCCUAACAGCAGACAGAUUUCCUGCUCCAGGCUGGUCAGAAAAUGAUUCCUUCUUCUAACCUACUAUAUAUGGUUUUCUAACAUGAGGAGUUUUACCAUAUGGACAAUAUUCUGGCCAAAAUGAUAUGAGGGCCCUGACUUGGCUUCUCUGGCUCUGGUACAGGGCUGCCCUGGCAUGUUCUUCGCUCAAGGCGACAGAGCCGUUUCCUGGCAGAGCCGAGGAGGGCCAGCUCGCCUCCUCCCCUGCCUGCCGGCUGUCAUGUCUAUAUAAAUGAAGUUCCUCAAGAAAGAGAUUGCCUCUCACUAUGCAGUUGUAUGGCACCUGUUGCCAGUGUUAUAAAUGGAAUAAAUAUACAUAAAGGCAGAAAUGACAGCAAUCUUUGAUACAGAUCACAAUAACUGGGAAGCAGAAUCUAUUCCAAUAAAUGAGCCAAGCGAUUCAUGCUAUUCAGGUUAUGGGACAGAGGGAGACGAAUGGCAAUAGAUGAAUGAUCCAGUACUGUAGGGUUCAAUGGAUUCUGUCCUGGAUUAUUUGACUUUUAAAUAUUUUCAGAGAAUCAACUCUUUUUAAUACAGAUACCCUAAUGUUAUUUCCCUGAGAGUUUGCUGGAUUCCACAGAAUCAUUUUUCAACCUGUGCUUUUCUGACAAUAACUUUGUUGGAAUAACUAAACUUCUCUGCAUGUCUGGUGACCCCCUAUCACCAAAAGUGUAGUAUCCAGUGCCCUUUGAUAUUUAAUGCAGAGCUGCAGAGCUGUUUCCUUUUCAAAUACGAAGCCUGUCCUUAUAUUUAUCUUUUCUUGGCUCAAUCUUUACAAAAUUUAGUCUUCUACCCUUACAUCCUCAUCCCAGACUGCAUCUGAGAGUCACAUCAUAAACAUAGUAUUAGCAUCAGCACAACUUACUCAUUUUUCUCUGACUAGAACAACCAGAGCAAUAGAAUCAAUAAAUUUUGUGGUUCUCCAAGUUCUCCAAUCCAACAUAUUCACAAAACAUGUUACUGAAUCUUUUCUGUAGCAAUAGUUCUAUUAGAACCUAGCAAAAAUUUAAUAGCACAAUGGUGCUAAAAAAAGAAGAAGAAAAAAGAAGUAUGCCCUUAUGUUGUUUAAUCCUGACAGGCCCCAUUGUAUAAGGGCAAACAAAGCUCCAUCCCGGAUGGACUAACCCUCAGCUGAUGUUAAUUAUCAUGAGUCCACCGCAGUUGUACAGAAGGAAAAUUUACAGGGGCUAAACGCAGUUGUGGUUAUAUUGCUCUCCGUUUGGAAGCUGAAGAGUUGUAAGGUGACAUGACGUGACCAAAUUGUGUUUCCUCAUCUGAUAUAAGUGCAUAAAUGUAAUUUAAAUCCUUCACAUUUUGCUGUUUUAUAUUUUUGAAUGAAUUUGGAUUGGUUCAACACAAAAGCAGGUGCUGUACAGUUUGUGAACUGCUUGAAGGUUGAGGCUGAUGGUCAUAAGUGGGUUUUCUAGGAUGCUGUCGAAAGCCUGCCCAGAAAAAGGACCUGUGCUCAGGAGUCAGUGUCAUGGGAAAUGCAAUGGUCCAGAGAUAUUUGCACUGGGACAUCUCUGAUCCAGCAGUUGUCUCUUUCCUCACCUGCUUUCUGUGUGGGGUACACCUGAUAUUUGUAAGUGCACAUGUCACAGGGAGAAGUCACACCUAUUUUGGAUUUCAUUAGUUCAAACUUCUGUACAUGUUUAUGUGGGUAAUGAGAUCCCUCACUCCUUUGGCCAAACUGAUCCCUUGUGUAACUUAACUAAUAUCAGUGAGAUCAUGUGAGGGAGAGUUUGGGUAGCAAGCAGAUAAGCAAAUACUGAUGCAGUAACAUUGACGAAAGAGUUGGGGAACCCCGCCGAUUGUCAAGGGGAUCUUUAGAAAACACUUCCUCUCCCCUAUCAAAUAUGCCCCAUCCCUAUCUUCCCCUCUUUCAUUAAUGGUAACAUUAAAUUAUGUCCCUUGGAGGCUUCAAUCUCUUUCAAGUCCCUCCUGCAUCCCAGAAGUCACUCAUUCUCCCUUUUGAGUUCAUCCUGGACAAAUGAUCUCAUUAAGGUCAUGCACAGCAAACACAUGCUGACAGCUCUACUUCUUCGCUAGUGUUAUCCAACAUUUUUCACUCUGUUUUUUUUGUAGAUCAGUUAUAGGUUAUGUGUCUUUCUGGACUCUGACUGACCUCUGUUGCUUUUUCCCUAGCCAAGGUAGACCCUUAACCUCCCUGCAGGGCUCCUCUGCACCCACUGUCUGUACGACAGGCUCUUCUUGUGUUUCCCUGGACAUGCACGGGACAGCAUGGACAUGCUGCUGCCCCACCUGCUGCUUCUGUACCCCCCUCCCUCUGUAACCUUACAGCAAAGUAUUAGGCCUGAAUCGCUGAAUGGGUCGCCCAGCCUGCUAGCUGAGCCUGAUUUGACGAAGAGGAUCUAAAAAAAGACCAAACCACUCCCCUAGUUUUGAAGGUGACAAAUGCUAUUUUAGGGUCUGAUGAAUUACUUUUCUCCUGAAACUGUGUAUGUAUCAUGCUGGCUUGAGAGUCUCCAGGCUUUUUAAGAUGCCUGAUAAGGAUGUGCUUAUGUGAUAUAUCCUUAGGCUCCUCACACUUUGGAUAGGUUUUUUUCCAGUUUGCAAACCCAGUAAUUGACCCUGUCAGACAGUGCAAUGUGAUCACCUCUAUGCUGAAGUCAGUGAGAUUGCUAACCACUUUACAUGAGGUCUGGAUUAAGCCCAGUUUCUUUUUUUUUAAGUCUUGAAUCCCCGUGUCAGUGAUAUAAAUGUAAGCAGACGUAUUAUUUUUGACGUAGAGCUGAGAGAUUGUUUCUAGUAAUAAACAGUAGUACAAUUGCAGCAUCUCUUUCUCUGUGGGAAAUAUCUUUGGGUACUUCAAUAUUUUCUAAGAUGUCCUUUGGCACUUCAAGAUUUUCUCAGAUAUUUCAGACCAUUCAUUGAUGUGUUUCCAUGAAUUAUUCCUUGCCCUUGUUCUUCAAAGGCCAACAUACACACUUGACCCUACACAUUUUGAAAAAACUCAGGCUACAUCCAAGCUUUUCCAGAGUCAUGGCUCAUGCACCAUUCACAGAAAUUGUUCCUUGAGUUAUCGUUUUAAUACAUAAGGAAUCAUGUUGACUUCCUCAGGACUCCACAGCGUUCAAAGUAAUGCAUGUGCAUAUGUCUGGAGACCUCAUCAGCAACUUUCUGCAAAUGUUCUGUAUUCAAUAUGUGAACGCAUAACUACAAAGGUUGUUUUGACAAAAAUCCUCAAAACAGACGGUGGUAUGCAUGUCCUGGCUGGUUAUAUCUAAUGCAAACACAAUUCAAAUGUCCAGCUCUAGAGUUCUCCAGUAUUCAUAUGAAAUUGCUGUUUUUAAGAAACAUUCCAGCCAAUACACUCAUUUUGUAGUGUGAAAUGCAAGCAAAGAGGCAGAACACCUGCCAAGAUUACACAGAUUUGUUAUUCAAAUCAAUAUACUCCAAAAACUCUAACUCUAGUUCAUCAUUUUAAAAUGUUCCUUUGGACUUUGACAUCUGAUGUCACUCAGGCAGAGAAGAGGGACAGAAAAACUGGCCACUUCCAAAAUAUUAGUAGCUGCUCUGCAGAAAUCCCUGGGCUCCUACUGCUAUCAGAAAGACCCAUCAGCCCAAGCCUGCACCCUCGCUUUUUAAGGAACCUCAUGGAAACAGGUCCUCGGCUGGAGAAGAGAUCUUUGUUGACUUCUUAAUGAUGCAAAAUGGGGAUUUUCCUCAUAGCGUGCAUAAUAUUUCUUGAUGUGUUUAUACAUAUAUGGAAAAUUCUAAAUGGCUGGGCCAAGCUAUUGCCUACCACAUGCCUACCACAUGCCUACCACCUGCAGCAAGCGCUAGCGUUUCCCUCUGCCUUUCACCAGGGUUGGGCUCAUUUAGAAUCAUGAACUCUGAUUUGGUGUGUCUUACCGCCGUGGGACAGCACUCAGGUCACAACAGGGAAAAGUCAGUCCCAUAGACUAAAAGAGCAAAUCACUGAGGGAUAAAAUUUCAGCUGAACCAGAAUGUUAAUAAAAGACAGCUUGCUCUUUAAUUAAUCUUCAAUGCUUUUUUUUAUGAUGUCAUUACUAUUGCCAAAAAUAAUCAACCAGAAACACAAACUAUUAAAAAAGAGAUUAUCUCCUUAGAAAGAUAAAUGCCCAUGUAGCCUAUAAAUAGUUCUGGAAUGAAGCCAUCCUACACAGAGUCCAGAAUGAGAAGAUUAACUCCUUGACGUCCAGACAUCCUUGUCUCCCACCGGUAGGAUUAAGCACAGUUGAUCUGUACUGGAGUAUGGACAAAAUGGUUGGCUGAGGGGUUGGCCAAGGAAUAGGCAGGCACAGCCAGAGGGAAGGACAAACAAAGAUCAUAUAAAACUACUAGGAAUGCUCUCAGUGUGCAGGAUCUCUGAGAGAAGCCUUCUCUCGCUGUGGGAUGCAUUUUAGCUUUGCUUGGGCCUUUGAAAGGCAGAAAAGUGUUAGCAGUCAUUUCAAUUAAAAAAAAGAGAGGGACAGCAUUUAUGCUUUUGAAUUCAGCAUCAGUUUCCCCCAAAAACUGUGCUUAUUCUACUGCCCUGGACAACCUCUCACCCAAGCAGAUGUGUUAGAUACUGGAAGGCCCUGUGUUCAGUAUUAUAUAAGGUAUAACACUUUCUCUUACCCCACCUUAUACCACCAGUUUGUCAGGUAACCAGGCCAGAUGUGGGGGCAAGGAUUCACUGCCUAGCUUGACAGAUGCUCCGCAGAACUCCUGCUUCUGUUUAAAUACUCAUUUCCCUAAUCCUUACUUGCAGGCUGUCCAGACUGCUAAACGUGUUAUAUUUUGUCAUCUUAGUUCUUAUCAGAAGAGGGAUACUGUAAUUUAAAAUGGAUGUUUUCAAUGUUCCUCAUCCUGCCUCUUUAACCUACAAUCAUUACUUCAUUUAUAGCAGAAAAUGUUUUUAAUUCUUCUGUCAUUUUGUAAUUGUGAACAAUUUACAUAGAAUAUGCCAAUAGGGAUUACUGUAAAGCUUUUUUAAAAUAAAAAAAUAUAUUGCCAACAAAAA